UCCUCUCCCCCGGCGGCGGCGCUGGGCGCUCGGCUCUCGGCUUGGUGGCGUCCAAGAUGUCGACCAAGAAUUUCCGCGUGAGCGACGGGGACUGGAUCUGCCCCGACAAGAAGUGUGGGAAUGUUAACUUUGCCAGAAGAACCAGCUGUAACAGAUGUGGCAGAGAAAAAACGACAGAAGCCAAGAUGAUGAAAGCUGGAGGGACUGAAAUAGGAAAGACACUGGCUGAAAAGAGUCGUGGCCUCUUCAGUGCUAAUGACUGGCAGUGUAAAACAUGUGGCAACGUGAACUGGGCCAGAAGAUCAGAAUGUAACAUGUGUAACACUCCAAAGUAUGCCAAGUUGGAGGAGAGGACAGGCUACGGAGGAGGCUUCAAUGAGCGAGAGAACGUCGAGUACAUCGAGCGCGAGGAGUCGGACGGGGAGUACGAUGAGUUUGGGCGCAAGAAGAAAAAGUACAGAGGGAAGCCAGUUGGUCCUGCAUCUAUCCUGAAGGAAGUAGAAGAUAAGGAAUCUGAAGGAGAAGAUGAGGAGGAUGAGGAUGAAGAUCUUUCCAAAUACAAGUUGGAUGAGGAUGAGGAUGAAGAUGAUGCUGACCUCUCCAAAUACAAUCUUGAUGCCAGUGAAGAAGAGGACACUACCAAGAAAAAGAAAGCCCCCCGGCGCAGCCGUUCCAAGUCGCGGUCCUCUCACUCGCGCUCUUCGUCGCGCUCAUCCUCCCACUCAAGCUCAAGGUCUAGGUCCAGGUCCCAUUCAAGAAGUUCUUCCAGUUCCAGAUCAAGAUCUCGUUCCAGUUCCAGAGAACAAUCUAGAUCUCGUGGGUCGAAAUCCAGAUCCAGCUCCAGGUCCUACAGGGGUUCUUCCACCCCAAGAAAAAGAUCUUACUCAAGCUCUCGUUCCUCCUCUUCCCCCGAGAGAAGCAAGAAGAGAAGUCGCUCGCGAUCCUCUUCCGCUGGCGAUCGCAAAAAAAGACGAUCGAGAUCACGGUCACCAGAAAGACGCCGCAGAUCAUCCUCUGGAUCUUCUCACUCGGGGUCCCGCACGAGCUCUAAAAAGAAAUAACCGUGCAAAAAGCUCACACAUUUCACACAAACAACAAACCAAACCCAAACUAAACAACA